GCCUCUCACCACCACACUCUCAUUUCUCCCAACAAUGGCCAAGAACGUGCUCGUGAAGGGGGUCCCCCGCCACUCCAAGUCGUCCCAGUACCGCCGCAAGGGUCUGCAGUACAUCAAGAACAAGACGACCACGCCCAAGAAGUCGAUCGUCAACAAGAACGGUGGCAAGUGGUACUCGACCGUCGACAUCUCGGGCCGUAAGCUCGCCAAGAAGGGCCGCGGUACCGCCGUCCUCCGCAAGUCGAUCACCAAGGGCACUGUCCUGAUCCUCCUCGCCGGCCGCCACGUCGGCAAGCGCGUGAUCUUCCUCAAGCAGCUCCCGUCCGGCCUGCUCCUCGUCACCGGCCCGUACCACAUCAACGGUGUCCCGCUCCGCCGUGUCGACCAGGCCUACGUCAUCGCCACCUCGACCAAGGUUGACCUCAAGGGUGUCAGCCUCCCCGAUGACUUCUCCGAGGAGCUCGUCUGCCGCCCGAAGGCCAAGACCGUCGGCGGCAAGUCCGAGAAGGCCUUCUUUGCCACCAAGAAGAAGGGCCGCCACGCCUUCCCCAAGCCGACCGAUGCCCGCAUCGCUGCCUCCAAGGCCGUCGACGCCCAGGUCCUCGAGCGUGUCAACAAGGUUCCGUACCUCAAGGAGUACCUCGCCCGCGGCUUCUCGCUCGACAACGGCGACUACCCCCACCUGAUGCAGUUCUGAGCUCGCAAACAAAGGAAAGCACACAAGCUGAAC